AUGACCCCAAAUAAUAACUACAAUAAAAGGUCUGGUGGAUUAUUUGUUCCUACCAAUGGUGGGAAGAAUGCCCCAAAACAGAUCCAUGUGGCUCACAGAAGGUCUCAAAGUGAAUUGACGAAUUUAAUGAUCGAACAAUUCACUUUACAAAGACAAUUAGAAAUAGUCCAAGCUCAGCAACAACAUAUUAUGGCUCAACAACAACAAUUGGCUCAACAAGCAUCUCAAUAUUUAAACACAAAUAAUUCAAAUAACAAUACGUUCAUUCCUCAAAUUCCUAAUCCUUAUUUUUCAUCAAAUAACUAUAUGGGUUCUCCUAAGCAUAAUAAUAAUGGAUCUAACAGAAAUGGUGGACAUUCAAGAAAUAAUUCAGGUUAUCAUAACAAUGGUAACAACUAUAACCAACCUCCUGUUAUUAAUGUCCAAGAUUCUGAUGGAAAUAAACAGUAUGCUUAUGGUCAUUCCAAAAAUGCUUCUCAAUCAAGCAUAUAUGGACAUUCACGUAGACAUUCUUUAGGCUUGAAUGAAGCUAAAAAGGCAGCUGCAGAGGAACAAGCAAAAAGAUCUGCUCCUGAACAAGAUGAGAAAACCUCUGCAAGAAAACAAGAUGGCAGUUCGAAUAACAACAAGAUGGAUCCGCCACCAGGGUUUAAGUUUCCUGCCUCAACUGAUAGCACUUCUCAGGUAUUGUCUCCUCAAAAACGUUCUACAAGCCAAGGAUCGGAUGCCGGUCAGUUCAAAUUCCCACCAUCAUCUGGAAAAUCGGAUUCAAAUGAUUCCGAUGAUAAUUUUACAAGAGUUUCACACCACCAAACCUCGAAAUCUAAAGGUAACGAUCAAAAUAGAAGAAACAACAGUCAAUCGUCAUACCAGUUAUCACCUUUCCGUCACAGACAAACCAAUUCAAAGGACUACAAUUCAUUUUCGGCUUUAGAACCUCCAGCUGUAUUCCAACCAGGUCAUAAAAACCGCCCUUCAAACAGUUCAAUCCAAAGCUUUGGCUCUCAUGCUACAAAUAAUGGUUCAGGGCAGCGUAAACCACUUUUUGCACCAUAUUUACCUCAAGCAAAUAUUCCUGAAUUAAUUCAAGAAGGUAGAUUGGUAGCUGGUGUUCUUCGUGUGAACAAGAAGAACAGAUCUGACGCUUGGGUAUCUACAGAUGGUAUAUUGGAUUCUGAUAUUUAUAUCUGUGGUUCAAAAGAUCGUAAUAGGGCUUUAGAAGGUGAUCUUGUUGCUGUGGAAUUAUUGGUAGUCGAUGAUGUAUGGGAAUCGAAAAAGGAGAAAGAAGAGAAAAAGAGAAGAAAAGAUGCAGCUAUCCAGCAAGAUAUAAUCCCACUGGAUGGAAGUGAUGACUACCAUAACGAUGCAUCAACUACCUCAACAAACAAUGUUGCCGAUGACUCUGCAACAUCUUCUCCAACCACUCCACAAGUUUAUUCAAAUAACCAAAAUUCCUCUUCAGCUCUAUCAGACUCUGACUCCCAAUCUCCAACAAAGUCUUCAAUCAAGAGAAGAGGUUCAUUAAAACAACGUCCAACUCAAAAGAAGAACGAUGAUGUUGAAGUUGAAGGUCAAUCUCUACUAUUGGUAGAGGAAGAAGAAAUCAAUGAUGAUUUUAAACCCUUAUACGCUGGUCAUAUCGUCGCUGUUUUGGAUCGUAUUCCAGGUCAAUUAUUCAGUGGUACAUUGGGGCUAUUGAGACCUUCUCAACAAGCACAAUCUGAGAAUACAAAGUUAUCACAUGCACCAAAAAUUGUUUGGUUUAAACCUACUGAUAAGAAGGUUCCUCUUAUUGCAAUUCCAACUGAAUUAGCUCCAAAGGAUUUUGUUGAAAAUGCAGACAAAUAUACAGAUAAAUUAUUUGUAGCAGCACUAAAGCGUUGGCCAAUUACCUCUUUGCACCCAUUUGGUAUUAUUGUAUCAGAAUUAGGUAAUAUUAAUGAUCCUGAGACUCAAAUGUUAUCAAUAUUAAGGGAUAAGAAUUUUUUAUCUAAUGAAUAUAUUGAUCCUAAAAACCCAAGCCAAGAAAGAUCAACCUUCCAAGCUAACAAAAUCCAACCUGAUGCUAUGAAGAAGAGAAGAAAAUUUACAUCUGAGGAGGAUUACGAUGUAGUUGCGAUUACUCCUGACAAUAACUUAUCAGAAUUAGCUUUUCAUUUAAGAACAGUCGACGAUUCUACUAUAGAAUUUGGGUGUCACGUGGUUGACGUAACUGCCCAUAUAGAGGAGGGUUUAUCUCUAGAUAGAAGAGCCAGAAAGAGAUCUUCUGCUGUAUUUAUGCCUCAAACUACUGUGAACCUAUUGCCAAAAACACUAAAUGAAUCAUUGAAAUUAGAUCAAAACAAAACUUCCGCAACUCUUUCCGUUGUUUAUAGCUUGGAUGUUAAAUCAUUAGAGGUUAAAUCCUGUUGGAUAGGUGAAACCGUAAUUUCCCCAUCUUCUGUUAUUUCUAUUGACGAUAUUACUGAUGAUAAAUCUCCAAACCAUUCUGGAUCACUAUCAACAAUGAAGAAGAUUGCAAGAUCAUUUUAUCAAAAUAGAAUACAAAAUGAUAAAGCCGAGUUAAUACCAGAAUUACCACUUUUUGAUAGUCUAGAUGAUGAGAGGGUCAAAGUAGAAUUGAAUAUCCUGGACAAGAAAUUAGGUUAUGUCGUGGUUGAGGAAAUAGAAAGAUUUGUCAACAACACCAUUGCUAAAGAAUUGUACAACAAUUUAGGGGAAAGAGCCUUUUUAAGAAGACAAGCGUCCCCUACCUUAAACAAAAUGGAAAAUUUCAAAAGAAAGGUACAAAAAUUAGGUUACGAAGUUAAUAUUUCUUCACCAUCCUCUCUAAUCAAUUCUAUUUUGAAAAUCGAUAACGAUGACAUUAGAAUUGGAGUUGAAAUUCUGUUAUUUAAAUCUAUGCCAAGAGCAAAAUAUUUUGUAGCUGGUAAGGUUGAUGUUGAACAAUAUGAUCAUUUUGCCUUCAACUUCCCUCUAUACACCCAUUUUACUGCUCCUUUGAGACGAUAUGCUGAUCAUGUAGUCCAUAGACAAUUGAAGUCAAUCUUAUCUGGGAAAUCAUAUGAGGAAGAUGUGGAUACUUUAAAAAUUACUUCCGAAUAUUGUAAUUUCAAGAAAGAUUGUGCAUAUGAGGCUCAGCAACAAGCUUUGCACUUAUUGCUAUCAAAUACUAUAAACGAUAUGGGUAAUGCUACUGGUCAGUUGUUAACAAUGGCGACAGUUCUGCAAGUUUAUGAAUCAUCAUUUGAUAUUUUUAUUCCUGAGUUUGGUAUUGAAAAGAGAGUUCAUGGUGAUCAAUUACCAUUGAUCAAAGCCGAGUUUGAUCCUGUAAAUAGGGUAUUAGAACUUUACUGGCAAUCCGGUGUUGACAGUGCAACUUUUAUACCAAAUGAUGAGAAGAAUCCUAAGUCAUAUAGAAACUCAAUUAAAAAUAAAUUUAGAUCAAGUACAGAAGAAAUUGCCAAUAUGGUAAUCACAAAUAAAGAAUCUAAUACAUCUUUGUUGAGCGAAAAAAUGACGAAAGAUCUUGUCAAGAUGGACCUAUCAAUUCCUCAUUUGAGAUUUCCUGAUUAUGAUCCAAAGGCUGGUGCAUUAUCUAGUUUUAUCAACACUGCAGUUACUAGAAAAGAUAAUGAUAAUUGCAUUCAAGAAAUCCAUGAAUUACAACAAAUUCCAGUUCUUUUGAGAGCUGAAAUUGGUAUGGCCUUGCCUUGUCUAACAGUGUGUGCUCUAAAUCCAUUUUUGAAAAAUACACAUUAA